ACUGACUCGACGCUAUCAGCCGCUGUGAGCCACGGAGGGAAACUUCACUGUCAAAAAAAGUACACAGACAUUAUUAUCAACUCCUGCUCAGAGCUUAAAGUCCAAUGGUCAGCUCGUCCUGUGUUGCCUCUGCACGGUUGCAUCGCGACUCCUGCACAAAGCACCCAGAGACUGCAUGAAGGCUUGAAAAGGGGGCUCACUCGCUUUUUGUUUUUUAGCUGCUGCAGUGGAGCACGUCCGUGUUGAUAUAAAAAGAAAAAGUUUUUAAGGCCGGUUUUAUCGCAGUCAUGUCCGGACAACCAAGAUUCGUGAGCCCGUUUCAGAGACCUCAGUGUCUGGCUGCUGCAGCUGCUGCUCCGGCGGGGAAACCCAAAUUUACUCACCCUGGCAAAGCUAUCCUGGCAGGAGGCAUUGCAGGAGGAAUAGAGAUCUGCAUCACCUUCCCCACAGAGUACGUAAAAACACAGCUGCAGCUGGACGAGAAGGCCAACCCUCCCAAAUACAAAGGCAUCAGUGACUGUGUGAAGCAGACGGUGAACAGUCAUGGGGUGAGGGGUUUGUACAGAGGUCUCAGCUCUCUGCUGUACGGCUCGAUACCUAAAGCAGCUGUCAGAUUUGGAGUGUUUGAGUUCCUUAGUAAUAAGAUGCGGGACGAGAGCGGUAAACUAGACAGCAAGCGAGGAUUCUUCUGCGGACUCGGUGCUGGAGUGGCCGAAGCUGUGGUCGUAGUCUGUCCUAUGGAGACAGUAAAGGUGAAAUUCAUCCACGAUCAGACGUCAGCGAACCCAAAGUACAGAGGAUUCUUCCAUGGAGUGAGAGAGAUCAUUAGAACUGAAGGCCUGAAGGGAACGUAUCAAGGCUUAACGGCCACGGUGCUGAAACAAGGAUCCAACCAGGCGAUCCGCUUCUACGUGAUGACAUCACUGAGGAACUGGUACAAAGGCGACGACCCCAACAAAUCCAUUAACCCUCUGAUAACCGGAUCGUUCGGUAAGCCCGUUGCCGGAGCUGCUAGCGUGUUCGGAAACACUCCGCUGGACGUCAUUAAGACCAGAAUGCAGGGUCUUGAAGCUCACAAGUAUAAGAGCACGCUGGACUGUGCCGUCAAGAUCAUGAAGCACGAAGGACCAAAGGCGUUCUACAAAGGUACCGUUCCUCGGCUGGGUCGGGUGUGCAUGGACGUGGCCAUCGUCUUCAUCAUCUACGAGGAAGUCGUGAAGAUCCUCAACGUAGUUUGGAAGACGGACUAAAAAAAAAAAAGUUUUUUAAAAACCGGGGGGGACACGACGACGGUGCUACGUGAGCGUUAGGAGUGUUAGGACGAAGAGGGCGGGCCGCUCACACACACACACACACACUUUAACCUUUUAACCUUUUAACCUUUUAACGGCCCCGGGUCCCGAACCAAUCUCCUUAAAGAAAAAAAAACCCUGCUACUAGGUUCUAAUAUCUACCUCUAAGUGAUUCACAGAAAGAAAGAAAGAGAGAGAGAAAGAGAAAGAAAGAAAGAAAGAAAGAAAGGGAUUGGUAUUUUCUUGAUUUUAUUUAUAACAAAACUAUAACAAGUCGGAUCUGCAUGACAAAAAAAAAGAAGAAGAAGAAGAAAUGCUUAUACUUUAAAUUC